AUGGCCGAUAAUGCUCAAGUAGUACCCGUCGAGGAACCAACCGCAACCACAAUAACAACGACUGAACCCGAACCCGAACCGAAAAGCGCAGCAAAAAUGGAGUCACAGAGCGAUAAGCCACCGGUCGGAACGUUAGUUACGAUCGUGAACAUUUUAGCCGCCGGUGUUCUUCCGAUUUUCACGUUCGUUCUCUCUCUCACACUCCUCGGUUACGCAGUGUGGCUCCUUUACAUGCGUAGCUACGACUGCGAAGAUAUUCUCGGACUGCCACGUGUACAAACGCUAGCUAGCGUCGGUCUCCUCGCCGUGUUCGUAGUUAGCAACGCGACUCUGUUUCUCCGGCGGAAGUUUCCGAUGCCGGCGCUUGUGGUGAUGGUUGUGGUUCUGUUGUUGAUGCUAUUCAUCGGUUUGGCUUACGCCGGUGUCAACGAGAUGCAGAGCCGGCGGUUUCCGGCGACCGGGACGUGGUUUAAGCUAAAAGUCAUGGAUGAUGUGAAUUGGAACAAUAUCAAAUCGUGUAUUUAUGAUAAAGGAGCUUGCAACGAGGCUAUUUAUGGAUCUCCACUGCAAAAACCUUACAAUAGAAGAAAAAUGUCACCAAUCAAGAAUGGAUGUUGUAUGCCACCGGAGACAUGUAACAUGGAUGCGUUGAACGCGACGUUUUGGUAUAGAAGAAAAGACGAAGGACCACCGGUGGAGACGACGGUGAUGUACGGUGGUAGGAUGAGAAUGAGUGACUGUGAGAUGUGGAGGAACGAUUGGAGUAUUUUGUGUUAUGAUUGUCGAAGUUGCAAGUUUGGAUUCGUAAGAUCUGUAAGGAGGAAAUGGUGGCAACUCGGUAUUUUCUUGAUUGUUAUCUCUAUUCUUCUUCUCAUUUCUCAUCUCUUGAUCUUCUUGGCCACUUUUUGGGAACGAUUCAAGGGUUAG